GCGGCUGUGACGGCGGCGGCCGGGAGAGGCCCCUCCUUCACGCCCUCCUUCUUUCCCUCACUUGCAGCCAAGCGGAGCCGGCGGACGCGGCUGGGCCCCUAACCCUCCCCGGGCUAUGGCCGGCAAUGUGAAAAAGAGCUCUGGGGCCGGGGGCGGCGGCGGCUCCGGGGGUUCGGGCUCGGGAGGCCUGAUCGGGCUCAUGAAGGACGCCUUCCAGCCGCACCACCACCACCACCACCACCUCAGCCCCCACCCUCCGGGGACCGUGGACAAGAAGAUGGUGGAGAAGUGCUGGAAGCUCAUGGACAAGGUGGUGCGGUUGUGUCAGAACCCAAAGCUGGCGCUAAAGAAUAGCCCACCUUAUAUCUUAGACCUGCUGCCAGACACCUACCAGCAUCUCCGCACUGUCUUGUCAAGAUAUGAGGGGAAGAUGGAGACCCUUGGAGAAAAUGAGUAUUUUAGGGUGUUCAUGGAGAAUUUGAUGAAGAAAACUAAGCAGACCAUAAGCCUCUUCAAGGAGGGGAAAGAAAGAAUGUAUGAGGAGAAUUCUCAGCCUAGGCGAAACCUAACCAAACUGUCCCUGAUCUUCAGCCACAUGCUGGCAGAACUAAAAGGAAUCUUUCCAAGUGGACUCUUUCAAGGAGACACAUUUCGGAUUACUAAAGCAGAUGCUGCAGAAUUUUGGAGGAAAGCUUUUGGGGAAAAGACAAUAGUACCUUGGAAGAGCUUCAGACAGGCCCUUCAUGAAGUACAUCCCAUCAGUUCUGGGCUGGAGGCCAUGGCUCUGAAAUCCACUAUUGAUCUGACCUGCAAUGAUUAUAUUUCAGUGUUUGAAUUCGACAUCUUUACACGACUCUUUCAGCCCUGGUCUUCUUUGCUCAGGAACUGGAACAGUCUUGCUGUAACUCAUCCUGGUUACAUGGCUUUCCUGACAUAUGAUGAAGUGAAAGCUCGGCUCCAGAAAUUCAUUCACAAACCUGGCAGUUACAUUUUCCGGCUGAGCUGUACUCGUCUGGGUCAGUGGGCUAUUGGGUAUGUCACUGCCGAUGGGAACAUUCUCCAGACAAUUCCUCACAAUAAACCUCUCUUCCAAGCGCUGAUUGAUGGCUUCAGGGAAGGCUUCUAUUUGUUUCCUGAUGGACGGAAUCAGAAUCCAGACCUGACAGGCUUAUGUGAACCAACUCCCCAAGACCACAUCAAAGUGACCCAGGAACAAUAUGAAUUAUACUGUGAGAUGGGCUCCACAUUCCAACUGUGUAAAAUAUGUGCUGAAAAUGAUAAAGAUGUAAAGAUUGAGCCCUGUGGACACCUCAUGUGCACAUCCUGUCUAACAUCCUGGCAGGAAUCAGAAGGCCAGGGCUGUCCCUUCUGCCGAUGUGAAAUUAAAGGUACUGAGCCCAUUGUGGUCGAUCCCUUUGAUCCUAGAGGAAGUGGCAGCCUGCUGAGGCAAGGAGCAGAGGGAGCUCCCUCCCCAAAUUAUGAUGAUGAUGACGAUGAACGAGCUGAUGAUUCUCUCUUCAUGAUGAAGGAAUUGGCUGGUGCCAAGGUGGAACGACCUCCUUCUCCAUUCUCCAUGGCCCCACAAGCUUCCCUUCCCCCAGUGCCACCACGGCUUGACCUUCUACAACAGCGAAUAUCUAUUCCUUCGAGUGCUUCUGGUCUUGGAACUGCUUCUAAGGCUCCUUCUGGCUCCCUUCAUAAGGACAAACCAUUACCAAUACCUCCCACUCUUCGAGAUCUUCCACCACCACCCCCUCCAGACCGGCCAUAUUCUGGUGGAGCAGAAACACGGCCUCAGAGACGCCCCUUGCCAUGUACACCAGGCGACUGUCCCUCCAGAGACAAACUGCCCCCUGUCCCCUCUGGCCGCGCUGGAGAAGCAUCAUGGCUGCCUCGGCCAAUCCCCAAAGUACCAGUAGUUGCGCCAAACCCUAGUGACCCCUGGACAGGGAGAGAAUUAACCAACCGGCACUCACUUCCAUUUUCCUUGCCCUCACAAAUGGAACCCAGAACCGAUGUGCCUAGGCUUGGAAGCACAUUCAGUCUGGAUACCUCCAUGAAUACGAAUAGCAGCCCGUUAGCAGGUCCAGAGUGUGAGCAUCCCAAAAUCAAACCUUCUGCAUCUGCCAAUGCCAUUUAUUCUCUGGCUGCCAGCGCUUUGAAUAUACCGGCCCACUGUCUUCAGGCCUCUAAAACUUCUGAUGAGAAGUCUGCUCAUAAUCUUAUUGAGGAUCCCUCACCUCUUCCUGUGCCAAAGCCGCCACCUGGGGAGCAGUGUGAAAGUGAGGAGGACACAGAGUAUAUGACUCCUUCCUCUAGGCCUGUGGGACUUCAAAAGCCAGAAGUGAAGUGGCCUCUGGAGACAACCCAGAGUUCACGAGCCUGUGAUUGUAACCAGCAGAUCGAUAGUUGUACAUACGAAGCAAUGUAUAAUAUUCAGUCCCAAGCGGCACCGUCUGUCACAGAGAGCGGCACCUUUGGUGAAGGGAAUUUGGCUGCAGCCCAUGCCAACACUGGCCCUGAGGAAUCAGAAAAUGAAGACGACGGGUACGAUGUCCCCAAGCCACCUGUGCCCGCAGUGCUGGCCCGCCGCACGCUCUCUGACAUCUCCAACGCCAGCUCCUCCUUCGGCUGGCUGUCUCUGGAAGGUGAUCCCACAAUGAACUUCGCUGAGGGUUCCCAAGUUCCUGAGAGGCCACCCAAACCGUUCCCUCGGAGAAUCAACUCUGAACGAAAAGCAGGUAGCUGUCAGCAAAGCACCGCCGCCACCUCACCGCAGCUCUCCAGUGAGAUUGAGAGCCUCAUGAGUCAGGGAUACUCCUACCAGGACAUUCAGAAAGCUCUGGUCAUCGCCCACAACAAUAUUGAAAUGGCCAAAAACAUCCUCCGGGAAUUUGUUUCUAUUUCUUCUCCUGCCCAUGUAGCCACCUAGCACACCCACUCCGUGCCGCAGCUUAGAGGACCGAGGAGCUGGGAGCUCUUGCUCGAGUAGCACCUAAAAGGGCAGAGAGGUUCCUUUGGAGACUUCACAAUGAGGUCUUGCCCUGUGUGGGAUAUCACAUCUGUGGUUCCAAGAUUUCAAAGCAGUGGAAUGAGAAUGGAGCAGCUAGGAUGUUUUAUUAUUUUACUUGUUUUGAGAGUGCAUUUGAAGGUGUCCUUCAGUCCCUCCCCACUUGGAGAGAGUGUGGAUUUUUAGUAAGUGGUAGCCUACCUGGGGAACGGUCCAGAAAGCAGUCGGAGAAGCACUGUGCUGUAAAUCCUAAUUGAGGACUUAAGACUUUCUUAGGUUAAGGAUGUGGUUGUGUGCGUCUUGUCUGUCUGUCUGUCUGUCUGUGGUUGUGUGUGUCCUGUGAUUAUAAGAUUUACCUGCUGUGUGUGUUAAUCCCAGGCAGGGAAUUAGCACAAGAGGUUUAAGAAGGAAUCUUAAAGACUGCCAGCAACUGUGGUUUUAUACCCAACCCCAGUGUGUAUUACAACUCCAACACUCCCCUUUGGCUUGGAUUAUAAUGUGCAUAGCUGAAGUCUUGUACUUUUAAAACACCCUCCCUCUGUCCUUUCCUCAGUCUCCUCCCCCCUCCUCCUCCUUGGCGUCUUGUCAUUGGCAGUGGGCUUGCUAUGACCAGCCUUACUGAAGCCGAGCAGCUUAUAGGAUGUUCUUUAUUGUGUGUGAUGGUGUUGAUUUGUUUAGUAGAUAGGUGGGAAAAAAGUACUGUUGCUCUAUCAUUACGGUCCUGUUUGAUACUCGCAGCGAACACUGGUCACUCCAAAGCACUGUUUCUAUAGGAACAUUGAGUCUGUUUUGAAAAAGGUGUUUUAGUUAUCCUAAUGACAUAGUGACUGAUUUGAGAUAGAGGCCUUCAGAUACAUUCCACGCCCUCCCCAGAAAAUAGUCUGUGGGAGUCGGUUGCCUUGGUGCCAGGUGUGUGUUCUAAUGUAGGUCACGAGGUUUUCUACUUAAUGGGAAGGGAGAACAUUUGUUUCCAGCAUGGCUUUCUGGCCCAAAUACCAUGAAGCUCUUAGGAAGCUCCAUUCACACGCUCUUUACCUUGUUGUACAGAAAAUGCACAAAACAGACAAUAAAGAUUUAUCUCUUCAGUUUUUCUUCCCAGUGAAUUUCAGCUUAUAUGGGUGUCUCCCUUUGAAUAUGAGCCAGGUUGUAGUUUCAGAGAUGAGUUUUUCCUUUGCCCUUUAAGGAAUGGGGGGAAUACCACCCAUGGUAGCACAGCAUUCUGCUGGUAAUUAGCACCAACCCUACCUUGGUGCCACCCUUGCUUUUCUCUUGUGCCUAUGGCUUUGGGAAUGUAACGUUUCCUUCUUCCUUUCCUUCCCCUUUCUUCUUCACGUUAGGUCCUAUGUACUCUUUAGUGACUGCAUUCCCCACAGUAAUUAGACAUCACUGGGUGUAAUAAAUGACUUCACUGCGGACAGACAACAUGUGAAAAGCCCUGCAGCUUGUGCCAUCGCCAGUUUGUAAAGAAGACUCAGAGUCUUGUGUGGGGCACCGUUGGUACGUUCCUGCAGAUCCUGCCAAGAUACCACUUGAGUUCAGUUAGUUCUCUGGCCAGGGCCUCUUACUGACUUCCCUAUAGCAGUGUGUAACCUUCCUCCUUGUCAGAAGCAAGCCUGCACUUUGAUAAAUCUGCCUUCCUCACAAUCUAAAUCAUGGUUUUGUCAUGAGAUCCAAAGAGAAAUGACUUUCCUUACACCUGUUUUCUUUCCCAUCUUGUCAUCUUUGGACCUAAAACUUUAUCUAACUCUUCUCUUGGCUUUCAGCUACUCCUAGGUCUUUUGAUUUUCUCCUCUUGCCUCAGAGCCAUUUAUGUUCCCAGAGGAGAUAGUUCAGGGCUUUUUGCUGACUUGCUGUGGUUACCCAGUGUCUCCUCUACGUGGCAGAAAAUAAUACAGCCCCCACCAGGUGCAGGAGGGCCUGAAUCGCGAUGGAGAGGGCAGAGGAAAGCGGCAGAGAGUAGGAAACAGUAACUAGCAUCUCCUUCUCAAAGCCAGCGUAGUGUUUCACUUGUGGUAGCAUUCAGUUUUGCACUUUGUUUAGAUGUCGAAGGCCUAGACAGAGAGCUAGAGAAAAUGACAGCAGUCUGCAUACCUCUCCACACUGGAAUUUUUCCUUGUCUGUAGAUACUGCCCGUGGUCUGAAGAUCUAUCGAGAGAACAAAGCACUGGUUCUGCAUAUCUGUUGCCUUUUCAGAGUGCAUCCCAAAUCUUCUUUGAAGAUUAUGUCCUCACUUACCUAGGCUAAAGGCAGGUUCAUCCUUUCUUUUCAUAACGGAAUACGCUUGAGGCGCGUCAGGUCAGCCCCCAAACUAGGUGCCGGAUCCCUGUGUUGAACGUGGGGGUCCAGGUUGAACUAGGUGUGCACCAUUGCAUGGCUUGGUUCUUAGCUUGUCGGCCAUGUAUCUGUAGGUGUUCAGGGUCUAAGACCAUUCUGUGAGGGGUUUUCUCUUUGGAUGCUCUGAGGUCACGCCUGGGUCCACGCCUGAGAUUGCCAGGUGAGGCUCAGGAAAGUUUUUGCGUGGCUUUUGUGUUGAGGAUAUUUCCAAGACUUUAACUUCUUAAAUUUUCCUUUGACUAAGGCCCCGAUAACCCAUUCUUCGUCCUCCAUUUGUAUGGCAACUUUUAAUUCUUUGGCUCUGCUGUGAUUUUAACUAAAAUUGACCUUUCACAAGUGGGCUUUGAAUUUCGCCAUUUUCGGCAAACACAUCCCCUUUCCCGCUCUUAAUUACAAAUGGUUCCUCCUCUGUUACCUGUCAGGUAAGUAAGGUAAAAACCACUUUGAUGUUUUCCUUUUUCUCAAGUGCACUAGGCUGUUCUGUUCAACCUGGCCUUCUGCUUCCCCACGUCUCCCUGGGUUGCUUUACACAGCGGCCUUGUUGCCGGGUGCCUGCUUCGCAGUACUUAAUCAGCUGCACUUGCUGUACUCCUUCCAUUGAAGUCAGGAGUUAUCAAAGUGGAAAAACCCUGUGGGCUCAAUGAUAUACCUCCCUUUAGGUAAAUAAUAGAUUAGGCAGUUUAUCGUCUCAGCAUUUUUGUGUUAAUAUUUAUAUAAAUAGUGAUAUAUAUCUGUGGAUGGCCAUUCUCUUCCACUAGCUCUCUCUGUCCCCCAGUCACUCUACAUAUUCUGCCAUUCUUCUGUUCUUUUGCUCCCUAUACAGACUCUCAACACCAGGACCCAGGGUGUGGGGAGGUACUAUUAGUAUCAUUUAGCUGUUUUGUGGAUUUAAAAAAAGAGUUGGGGGGUUGCUAUUCCUCACACUUAAAAUAUUUAUUUCCUCUAUAGAAAGGUAAAAUAUAUUUUAUGGUCCAGUCAGCAAUCUUCCACAUGAAUUUUUGUAUAUUUGCUUGCAAAAUAGGGACCAGCUAUAUGUUCCCUUUAACAAGAUGUAGACCUUUUUGUGUGUGAUCAGCCAUGGUGUUAGUGCAGAAUAUUCUCCUACCUCACAUCAUGCAAGGCGGAGGGAUAUAGGCCCUCUUCCCAAACUGUAGGCGGAGGGAUAUAGGCCCUCUUCCCAAACUGUAAGUCCCCCUUCUUGCUGUUGGCCUUUCUGACUCCGCAGUGACCCCUGCCUAUGGAAUAACGGUGUUCUGACUAUUGGCUUGGCUCUAGCAUUGUGUUUGUUCAUUCAGCAAGUGUUUAUGAGUGAUUACCAUGAGCCUGAAGUUUACUGAUGUUGAGCGGUUGUACUUGGGCUGUCUAGCAUGUGCAUUUGGCCCUAAAAUAGCCGUUCCCAAUAAGAUUGUGCAGGUUACAUUCACAGCUCUCUUAUGUAGACAUUUCCUUAUAGAGCUGUCCUGGUUAAAAAUCAGUUCAAGACACUCCCAUUAACCCCUAUUGUCUUCCCAUAGCUUUGACAAUGUCUGGGAGAUUCCUCCAUGUAAAUCUCAUGGAUACCCACCAUUUUUAUGUGUUUAAGUAGAAUCUGUUUGGUGGUGGGUUGGUAUGUCGGCUCAGAGUUGCACAAUAGGGCAGUUAAAUGUUUAAGUAAAGCAUCUGCGUACAGACCCCUUUCCACUCUAGUGCCUUCCUUGAUCUUUUUACUGAGCUGCCUGUACCUCUGAUCCCCUUUAUAAGGAAGUUUUCUUAUCACCCUUCUGGGACCUCUCACCAUCUCCCAUUCUAUAUGGAACUUGUUUUCCAGUCCUUCAGCAACCUUUCAGCUGAUCCUGUGUCUUAGAAGGGCUGAAGGUGUGCGAGAGGGAUGGGCACCUGUUUCUGGGUCCUGAUCUUCAACCAGUUGUUUGGUCUCCCAAGAGCCAGGCAGUAGCGUAGGUUGAACUCAGUCAGUUCUCAAAAACGUCAGCCUGUGUCUCUAGGGGUACGGAGCUUAGAGACCGUAGAACUUAGUAUGAAAGUCAACACGUUAUUAUCCUCCUAGACCUUCAGGCCCUAGAAAUUCUAUCUAAAGUAUUCUCAGUUGGCAUAAAGCAUUACCAUUUCUACUUUGAUCUCAGUCUGCAUUAGCAGUCUCUCUUUAGAAAUGCGUGUAGCCAUGUAAUGCACGGAGAUGGAUGCAUAGUGGAAGAAGGUCAGGGCUGUAUCUUUGACCGUCCUGUUGAGCAGUCCUUUGGAUGCAAGAAACAGAAGGAUUAAAGCAGGGGAAAGGACGGAAUCAUACGGAUGCAGGGUAUUUCCCAGAACCCAGGAUAAGCGGUACAGUUGAUUCUGCGUGGAGCUGAGAAACUUUGCAGCUAGUCCUUUCUCCUGCUCGUCGGUCUGUCGGUAUGCAUGGCCCCAACACAGGCACCCCAGUCCUCACGACCCCCAGCUCACCAUUAAAUGGGAUCACCGUUUUAACAGAUUCCCAGUGCCUCUUGGUUCACAUUCUCAAGAAAGACUAUGAUCAGCCCAGCACAUGGAUCAGGUAUCGACCCCCGACUUUGCCACACAGGGCAGAAGCGGCAUGCUGGUUCAGAUGGGAAGUAGGGGCAGGGGGAGGUUCUCAGGGAGGCGGGGAUAGAUACCCUAAAAUACUUUACUUUAGUAGUAAAACUUACCAUACUGCUCUUCUGAGAGUGGAAAGGCAGGCAUGGGACUAUGUCUGGGACUUGGAGGAAAUGCUUAGGUUAAAGUUAAUUUAGGUUACUGUCUUCUUGGUUGCUUUAUUUCCUGUUUUUCUUCCCUUUAUGAGUCUUGGCAUCCAAGAUUUCUUACCUCCCUCUUUAGGACCAGUUUCUCCUGUUCUGGAGCUAAUCUUUUCUUAGGUGACAUUUCUUAGCCUUCAUUCAGUCUCAGGUUUCUAGCCUUCUUUGAUUUCAUUUAGAGAGCAGAUCACAAAUCCACUGAGGUCCCUACCCAUGGACUUCUGGGCUCUCUUCAGGUUUUAGUGCUGAGAACAUACUCAUUCUAUGGGCCCGUGGCCUGCCUCCCUCCAAGCCCUCCUCCCCACCCUUUUAUCUGGUCUUUCCUCUAUGAGGGGAGCUCUGCAGUAAUAUUCUUAGGCAGGCCUUCCGAGGUACCUCAGAAACUACUUUGCCAGUAAGAAUUUAUAAAGUUGGGACAGUUGCCAGGAUAUAAAUUAGGUAUAGAUUCCAAUUUAGAGAAACUUUUUACUGAGAGCUCUUUAGACAGGAUGCAUUUGUCCGCCCUGUCCAGUUGCUUCCUUUGUCGUCCUAUAGUAAAGCCUUUAUUUUUUGGUUUUUUAAAACUGUGCUUCUGCUUGCCUGAAUCUUUUGAUCUUAUUUAUCUCAUCCGGGAGCCUGUCCUGUGUUAUUAAGGCAUUUCAUAAUCACUUAUAACUUUUUUAAACUACUGGAGUCAUUUGAUGUACACAGAAGUAACCUAAUAAUCCAAAGAUAUACACUGAGGCCCGUGAUGAAGGCUGGGGCCUGUGUGUUCGAAAUUCCCUUCUAGGCGCCACAAUUAAGGGGCAGAGGGAUAGCGGUGCCACUCGCCUUCACAGAGUUCUAGGAAAUCUGGGUUGGUUUCAAAGGCGAGCACCAGUUUUUCUUGGUUCCAGAAAGUAGCCCAGGAGUAAGUGGGGGAGAUCGGGGUGGGGAGAGCGAGGCCUGCCUGGAGGCUUACUCGCAGUUGGCUGGAGAGCAUGGUGCCAGAGGGCCAGCUGUUGACUAACAGACUAACAACUGUUUGGAGAUCUCGCUGCCUCUUCCCUUGUUCAGUGCUUGAGAAGAAUGUGGCUGACCGCUCCCUGUGUUUUUGGAGAGCAGAGGCUGAAAGCGAACCUCGCGUCUCCUACUGGUUUGGCAGUGGAACAAAUCAGAGUUCUGAUUGCCCGGCCCCGUGUUCUUAUUCAGUCCCCAAAACGAAUGUGUGAGGCGCUCUCCCGCAGUUCUCCUUCUGCCCCUGGGCCGGUUUGGGAGGCCAGAGGAGUACUGCUCCGUACGUGCUCUCUGAGCCUCCUCAGGCCCUGCGCUGCCUCCAUGCUGAAGCCCUGAAGUGGGGUGUGCAGUGUGCCCACGCCUGGCACUCUGGCAUGGGCGCUGAUGUGCCCUUUGUGUCAGUUCCCUCCGCCCUGUCUACCUCUGACCCUGUCCUGGGUGAGGGUGGACAUGCUUAUGGCUGUCUGGAAACUGAAGAGGCAGAGAACUGCUUACAAGUCUGUAGACCACAUGUUUUCUCUUCCUUGGCUUGUUCCUUCUGCUGUCUGGGUGAGUGAGCCAUGCCCAUGAGAGUGGAUACCUCCUCUCCUGACCUGCCCUUCUCCGCACUGUUUUAGUGUCUUGGCCUUGACCUCCUGCUGAAACGUGUGGUAGGGGUGUGGCAGCUAUGAGGUACCUCCUACAUCUGCUUUCUGGCUGUGGUGACUUGGGAUUUUUAACCUUAUAUAUCUUUUUUUUCCUUUAUUCAAAACAAAACAAUUUUUAGCACACUGAAAAAAAAAAAAAAUAAGCCAAACAUUUUGUGCCUUUCUAAGGCAGCACUGUAUCCCAGGCUGCAUUUUAGGACUUAAUAUGGAAAUACCAGAGUCUUAGCUCCUCUACCUUGAGUGUCAUUAGUCCCUCUGGUCUAGGGGAGAGGAAGUGCUCCGUGUGCCUGGGGAGGUGGCCCCCAGGUGCAGCGUGUCCGCGGUCCCUUCUCCCUGCCACGGUGCUUAGUUGGAAGAAACGAGCAUUGUAUCCCAGGAUCAUCUGGUUGGUUCCAGUCAGAAUCUCAGUUAUCAGGUUGAAUGUUCUGUGUUCAGCAGGAAGAGACAGAACGUUCCAUGAUUUCCAGGCAUACUCUGGACCAUUUCAAGUGACCCAGCCUCCCGAUCCUAUUAAUGACCCAACUUCAUGGAACAGUGUAGGGUGGACCCUCCCGAAAAGGGGAGGUUGUUUGGUUGUUCGUUUUGUCUUGUCUUUUUGCUGGGUCCUGAACUGGCCUAGACCUCCUGCCUGUCCUUUAGACUUGGCUUUCCUUUCAUUUGAAAACUUCAGACAUAGAGCAUUAAGCAACUAGUGCCCUCUGCAGGGGCGAGUUUUCCCCUGGGAAGGGCAGCAAGGACCACAUACCGGAACAGAAGCCUGUCCUCAGUAUUGUGGCCACUGUAGGUUUCGACCAAAAAAAAAAAAAGUUUUCUGUAUGAUGACAUUUUACUUAUCUCUUUUCCUUUUCUCACUUCUUCCCUGCCUUUAACUAAUAAAGAAUUGGGAGAUAGAAACAAUUCUUUUCAAAGUCCUCCUUAUUCAGGAUUUUGACAUUCUUGGCCUGGGUGGGGCUGGAGAGAACUUGAUACUUUUCUCCAGAAUGAAGAGUCCCAUUUGUAUAUCAGUGUUAAAAAUAAAACAAAAUGAAAACUUAGAUGAGAUUUUUGUGGACUAUUUUAAAAAUGUGUCAUUAAUAUAAAAAAAUUAUAUUAGCAGUAUUUAAUCAUUCUCACCUGUAAAGAAUAAAACAGAAGGUAAAUAUUCUUACAGAGAAUAGCAGAGCUUUAAGAUUCAUUUUCAUUUUAAGUCCGUUUUGUUUUGCCAGUGUAUUAAUGUUUAGAGGUUCUGUUAUACUAAUGUUAUUUAUUAAUUUUUUUCAUUUCCAUACACAGUUAACUAAAGAGCUUUUUCAGGCACCCAUGUCUGUAAAAAAAUAUUUUUAAAUAAAGUUUCUUUUGUUGUA